GCUCUAGUCUCAGUCAUAUUUUUUCGCACUCCUCUCUCAUCCGCUCAGACAAUCAGACUUUUGACAAUUCUUCAUCAAUUUCGCUCAUAAUUCAGCUCUCUCUCUCUCUCUCUCUCUCUCUCUCUCUCUCCCGCUGUCUCACUCGUCUUCUUCUAAUCCAAUGAAUUCGAUGGAGCUGCAGUCUGCGCUCGCGUCGUCGUCGUUCGUGGCGAUCGUCGAGCAGGAGCGACUCCAAUCCCAGGCUGCCAUUCUCGUUGCCACCCUGGCGCUGCUCGUCCGCGCGGCCGUCGGACUCUAUCCGCAUUCUGGCCAGGCAACCCCGCCAAUGUACGGCGACUACGAGGCCCAGCGCCACUGGAUGGAAAUCACGCUCCAUCUGCCUCCCGCCGAGUGGUACCACAACUCAACCUCCAACGAUCUGCUCUACUGGGGCCUGGACUACCCGCCGCUCACUGCCUACGGCUCGUGGCUCUGUGGCGCAAUAGCGCACUUCUUCGACCCGGAAUGGGUGGCGCUGGACACUUCGCGAGGGUUUGAAUCGAAAAGCAGCAAGGCGUUCAUGCGAGCCACUGUGCUCGUGAGCGAUUUGCUCAUCUUCUUUCCAGCAGUGUUCCUGUUCUGCCGGCAGAUUCUCGCCGAUUUCACAAGGUCAAAGCAGAUUGCAAUCGCCUUCAUGAUCCUGCUGCAACCAGGGCUCAUUCUGAUCGAUCACGGCCACUUUCAGUACAAUUGCAUCAGUCUUGGACUCGCACUUCUGGCAAUCGUGGCAGUCAUGCGAGACUGGGAUAUUCUUGGCAGCGUUCUGUUCUGCCUGUCUCUCAACUACAAGCAGAUGUCGCUCUACUAUGCACCCGCUUUCUUUAGCUUUCUUCUUGGCAAGAGUCUUCAGUCGGCACAUCCAGUGUUGCGCAUAGCAGCGCUCGGCGUUACAGUGAUUGCGACAUUUGCUCUCUGCUGGCUGCCCUUUUUGACCUCCAUCGAUUCGGUGGCCCAAGUCUUGCAUCGCAUCUUCCCAAUUGGACGCGGGCUCUUUGAGGAUAAGGUCGCAAAUGUAUGGUGCGCUGUUUCCGUUCUCAUCAAGUUGCGAGCCAUCUUUGAGCAAGCGCUUCUUGUGCGAAUCAGUGCGAUUUGUACUCUCCUCGCAAUUCUCCCAAGCUCUGUCAAUCUAGCUCUGCGGCCAAGCCAGACUGGAUUUCUAUACGCUCUGGUCAACUCUUCGCUUGGAUUUUUCCUGUUUUCGUAUCAAGUUCACGAAAAGUCCAUCCUGCUCGUCGCGCUCCCAGCUUCCUUGCUAUUAGCCUCAGAUCCUCUCAACGCGGUCUUCUUUUUGCUGCUUUCCACGGCAAGCAUGUUCCCGUUGUUGCACAAAGACGGCCUGGCAAUUCCAUAUGCAAUUUGCAUCGUCUUCUUUGUGAUUGUUGUGCUGCACAUGCUGAAUGUUUCCCUGCAAGCUUGUCAACACCUCACCACCAUCGGCAAGCUUCAGCUUGCAGCAGUAAUUGUGUGCUUUUCAGGGCUGCACUUGGCGUGGUACUUUUACAUUCCUCCAGCACAUCUCCCUCACGCAAACUUGCUCCUUUUCGCCGUCGUCUCGUGUGCAAGCUUUGUUCUAUUUGCCGUGUAUUUCAACUGGCGGCAGUGGCAACUCAACGGCGUGCCUACCUCCACACACAAGCUGAAACACUCCUGAUUGCUGCGUUCUUGCACCAACAAAUUUAUGAAUAAAAUCAAAAAUAGCACAA